AUGAAAUGGACUUAUGAGGACAAAGUCGGCCCACUCAAGCCCAGCAAGAAGACCUCGAGCCCACCAAGCGACUCCCUCGUAAGCCAGUUAACUGCCAUCCGAGCUAUUCCGGUCGACGUAAAGACGAGCUCCAGCUCGAUCAAGGACCAGGUCGGCACUGCGAAGAAAGACGAAGUCAAAGAAGAUCUCCUUCAAAUCCGGUCUGGUCCGAGAUCACCGGGAUCGUUAGCUGCACGUGGCGAGAUACGCGGAGGUGGAUCGUAG